UGCUUAUUGAUGGCUCAGCAAUUGAGUAUUGCAUGCAUCUACCUUUUUUUCAUUGAAUCUCAAAAUAUAUAGUUUUUAUUGAAAACAAAGAAUGAAGGAACUGCAUAAAGCGAUCAUCUUAUUUUGUUGCAUUUAUAUUUUUGGAAUAUUCAUCAGACAAGUUCUAUACAUAGCAAAUCAGAAACAUUACAGUAAAAUUAUGAAAGGAAAUCAUUCCAAAAGAUCCAAACCUGAAGGUUCAAGUAUGGAGCAUUUGACACACAAUGUACCACCUGUACCCAUGGACGGCCCCACAACAUUGGACAGUGAAUUAUUUAAAAAUGGACAAAUUACGAGGCCAAUUACAUUAUGGAGCAUGGAUAUGCAUAUAUCUCCUAUCCAUGAUUUGAAGACAUUGUUGGAACCAAUGGGAGUUAAGUUCAUUGACAAGUCGCUCUCGGUUCAUUGUCGUAUAACCAAAACUUGCAAUCCAGUCCCGCCUCUUCGGAUUAUUAAUUGCAGGAAUGGAUAUCACCUGACACCAGAAUUAAUUUCAAAGUUCUACGAGAGUUAUAAAGAUGACCCGGAAAUGAAAACUGUAUCUGCGUUUGUAUGUUACCAUCCCCCUGGAAUGUGUGAACUCUAUAGGCCCUUUAAGAAACCGCUAAUUAUCAUAUCAUCCAUCCGAUAUGAAUUAGGCCGCAAUGCCCCGAAUGAAAGAUGGCAUAAAUACAAUGAGAACCUAAGACAUAUAUCCAAAGAUCCAAGAAAUGUAAUUGGUGGAAAUAAUCUAUAUGACGCCAAUUAUAUCAAGUAUUUUACAGGUAUAGAAACAAAACUAAUUCCAAGUUACUGCGGAUACACAAAUGCAUCAUACCAUCCAAGGAGACCUGAAUUUCUGUUUGCAUCAACCAGGGCUAGAAAUGUGGCCUCGACAGGAGUCCAAAAGGGCCUUGAAAAAAGACUAAGAGAGAUAAAUAGCACUGCAAAAGUGGCCCAAAUGAGGGCCCUGUAUGGUCACUACAAAUACUCAGAUCUGACAAACCACCCAGGGAUCAUACAUAUCCCCUAUCAGGUGUCAGUUAUGAGCAUGUUUGAGCAAUACCGGAUGAACAUUCCACUUUUUGUGCCAUCUUUAGAUUCCCUCAGUGAAUGGCACGUUAAGUUUAACUUACUUAAAGAGCGAACAUGGGAUUCAACAUUCGGUAAAAUUCCAUUGAAAUCCAGAAUACAGGGUGUCCUAUCUGGUAUCCCAGAUCCUAAUAGUGACAAGAAUAUAAAUGCUGUAAAAUACUGGCUGCAGUUCAGUGAUUUCUACCAAUGGCCUUAUAUUACAUAUUACAACUCUGGUGAGCACCUAGCAGAGAUCUUGCAUACAAUAACACCAGAGAAAUUGAAGAACAUUAGCAGCUCCAUGGCAGUUUACAAUAAGAAUGAACAGACUAAGAUUAAAAACACAUGGAAAAGCAUUUUAAUUAACACUGUAUCAUAGAGAGAUGGGAAACCAAAGAACUCGCUCCAUAUUCUUGUCAAAAAUUGGCUUUUGCCAAGUCUCUGGCUAAUGAGGCCAUCACUAGUUCUUUCAAGUUCCCCAUUUUUCCCAAAAUGUUUAUAAUUUUGAAAAUUGGCAAAAAUUUGGUCAAAAUUGUGUUCAUAUAUUUUGAGCAAAACGCAGUUCAUGUUCAUAUUUACAGUUCAAAUAUUUAGCUCCCUUGCUUCAGGUCUGUCCCUGUAGUGUAUUAAUUAAAUGCCUUUGUAUUUCAUCCCAUUUUAAUAAUCAUGUCUAUUAAUAAUUAUUAAUAUGAAUUAUGAGAUCUGACUUAAAACAUGCUCCAAGCAAAAUUUCCAAUGAAAAUAAAAUUUAAUUUUGCUGUGAUUGUAUUGAUGUUGUAUUUUCUUGCAAAACAGAAUAACACAUUGAAUGAAAUAACCUGACCAAUGGAUUUAAAGAUAAAUAGUGUCACUAAAGACAACAAAACUUUGCCUUGUGAAGUUAAACUCAAAUCAACUAACUAGCUGUUUAAGGUGAUUUUCCAACUUUGCUGUAAACUGUAUAUGUUUGAACAUACAGAUUUUUACAAUUAAUUGUUGCAUUGUGAACCAUAAGUUUUAUUGUAAAUGUUGUUAAAUUGAUCAUAUCCAGGAUUACUGCAAAUUGUUGGAAGAGCUAUUCACAAGAUAAUACUUUGAAUUGUUUUAAUGUGAACUAUACACGGG